UCAAUCAACAGGAACGCGACAACAAAAUAGAUUGAAAAUGGCGUCGUUUUGCCGAUCAAAUGAGUCAAAGAAUUUACAUUUCAAUUAAUUUCUAGACAUAUUUUUAAUUGUAAUUACUGUGUCUCGGUGAUAAAUUGGGAUUAACUUAUCCAUUUAUUGUGGUGUCAUUAAAAGUUGUGUGUUUGGAAGCUGUAAGUUUCCAAAAUAGACGAAAUGGUGUAUAUUGUGUUAGAGUGAUAAUCAAGACAGUGUUUACAUGAUUUCGCGGCGGAGCUGGUUAGGAUGCUGCCGACCGUGGAGGAGAGUCGAGGGUACGACUUCCAGGACCCGGAGAACGCCGAGAAAUGGCGCGGGCUAUUCGUGGGACCCUUGCGCAAGGUCCUAGAACAAGUGCACCCGACCUUGAGCGCGGAGGAGAGUGCACUGCAGUAUGUGGAGUCUCUGUGUCUCCGUCUGUUAGCGAUGCUGUGCGCCGCGCCAUCACCUCUCACUGUACAGGAUGUGGAGGAGCGCGUGGCGCGGUCGUUCCCCACGCCGCUGGACCGCUGGGCCGUGGCGGACGCCCGGGACGCCGUCUCCCAGCGCAGGCGGCGCUGCCUCGCGCUGCCCGCUGACCGGCUGCACCAGGCUUUGCAGAAGGAGGUCCUCCAAUACAAGAUCGACACAUCGGUCACCGUCUUCAUGGCGGCCAUCUUGGAGUACGUUAGCGCUGACAUACUGAGGUUGGCAGGGAACUUUGUCAAGAAGAUAUCACAGAAGUCCGGCUACGAGACCAUAACUAGUAGCGAUGUGAAGACUGCAAUGUGUGCCGAUAAGGUGCUAAUGGACAUGUUCUAUCAAGAAUCCGAACUAGUCUCGUCCCCCGCCGCGGCCCCCCCUCCGGAGAGGGGGCGAAGAGCGUCCCUCAGUUAUGCCGAGCUAGUGAGGGAUCUGUUGGCUGACGAGAAGCACUUCCUGCGGGAGCUACAUCUUAUAAUCAGGGUGUUUAAGGACGAGUUGGAGAAGAUACUACAUAAGGAUAGUCAGUCUAUCUCUCUCAUCUUCGGCAACAUAGUGGACAUAUACGAGUUGACGACCACUCUCCUGGGUAACCUUGAAGACGCCAUGGAGAUGUCUCAAGACUCGCCAACGCCAUACAUCGGCAGCUGUUUCGAAGAGUUAGCAGAAGUUGAGGAAUUUCGUGCUUACGUCCGCUACGCGAACAUCGUCACGCGUAAGGAGUCGCGGGACGAGCUGCAGAGGAUAGUGGCUGAUCCUAUGCUGUCUGAACGAUUGGACACGGGGGGCCAUGGAUUUCGAUUAGCUGUCAAAUAUUAUCUUCCCAAGCUUCUUCUUGCGCCCCUUGCCCACGUGUUCCUCUACCAUAAUUACGUGUUAGCGUUACUUCAGAUAGCUCCGGCUAGUGACGACAGGGAAAGUUUCAAACAAGUGGAAUGCAAUCUACAUCCGAUAAAGAAACUCUUGUUAAAAGCUACUGCAAAUGGGCCCAAAAUGGACGCGACGCAGCGCAUGGCGGCGCGCGCGCGGCGCCAGCUGGCCGUGGAGAAGUGCAGCGAGCUGGCGCGCGUCGUGGACAACUGGGACGGCCGCGACAUCGGCCAGAACUGCAACGAGUUCAUCAGAGAGGACACGCUAUCAAAACUCGGCCCCGGCAAGCGUAUAGCGGAGCGGAGAGCGUUCUUGUUCGACGGCCUGUUGCUACUGUGUAAACCUGUCAACUCUCUGGUGGGCGUGAACAGUGGUACUCUAGUCUCAGGUGGUUCUUCGCAGCACCAGCUCAAGCUGAAGGAGAAGCUGUACGUGAGGAAGAUGGAGCUGAUAGACAGGCCUGACACUGAAGAGGGCCGGAACCUAGUAGAACUGUGCCCGCGCGUGGGCCCCGCCGUGGUGUUGUCGUGUGCCUCGUGCGCGGAGAAGAGGAACUGGAUGUGCGACCUCGUCAUGCUCAAUACCAAGCCCAUGCUGGACAGAACUGUCGAUAGCAUCCUGCUAGACUUAGAACGGCAACACCCGUUAAAACUGCCGCCGGCGUCGUUAUACCGGUUCGCGGUGCCCGACUCGCCCGAUAACAUCGUGUUAGAAGAGCCGACCAGGCCGAAUUCUGAUAACGCGCCCCCGCCUCUUAUCAAGGGCGCGACCCUCCUAAAACUGGUGGAGCGGCUCACGUACCACAUCUACGCGGACCUGAAGCUGGUGAGGACGUUCCUCACCACCUACAGGUCGUUCUGCAGCCCCGGGGAACUCCUCGACCUGCUCAUAGAGAGGUUCAACAUACCUGAGCCGAGCGAAGUUUACGACGCGCCCAGGCAAGGCGAGGGCGGAGAGUGUGCGGGGAGUACCGACGCGGAGAAGUUAAGCAAAAACACGGCCAGAGAGGACUGGAAGAGAUAUAGGAAAAAAUUUCAACAGCCUGUCAAAUUUCGCGUUAUCAACGUCCUACGUCAUUGGGUGGACCAGCACUUCUACGAUUUCGAGCGGGAGCCGCAGCUGCUGGAACGGCUGCGGGAAUUCCUGGAGUCAGUGGACGGGAAGCCGAUGAGGAAGUGGGUCCAGAGCGUGCUGAAGACAUUGCAGAGGAAGGCUGAGCAGAGCGAGGCUGAUCAGGCGGGCGGCGUGUCACACGUGUUCAACCGCGCGCCGCCGGGCGUGCUGCGGCACGUGGCGGAGCCCGAGCGCUUCGCGUGGCACCCGCUGGCGCUGCACCCGCUGGAGCUGGCGCGCCAGCUCACGCUGCUGGAGUUCCAGCUGUACCGGCUGGUGCGGCCCUCGGAACUAGUGGGAGCGGUGUGGACGAAGAAAGACAAGGAGCGCACGAGUCCGAAUCUCCUGCGCAUAAUAAAGCACACGACCAACUUCACGCGGUGGAUGGAGAAGUGGAUAGUGGAGAGUGACAAUUUAGAAGAAAGAGCGGCCGUGCUGUGCAGAUUUCUGGAGGUGGCCGUAGCACUCCGCGACUUGAACAACUUCAACGGAGUCCUGGCGGUGGUCGCCGCGUGCGGCUCGGCCUCCGUCCACCGGCUCAAGGCCACCUUCCAGCUGCUGCCCAUCAGGCUGGUCAGGGCUCUGGAGGAGUUCAGGGAGCUCAACUCUGACCAUUUCAGAAGAUAUCAAGAGCGCCUGCGCAGCAUCAACCCCCCGUGCGUGCCGUUCUUCGGCAUGUACCUCACCAACAUACUGCACAUCGAGGAGGGGAACUUGGAUUACCUGCCCAACAGCGAAUUGAUAAACUUCUCCAAACGUCGGAAAGUGGCGGAGAUCACAGGCGAAAUACAGCAGUAUCAGAACCAGCCUUACUGUCUCACCGUCGAGCCCAAGACCAGGGCGUUCCUGGAAUCUCUCGACCCGUUCCCGGGACAAGACGACAACGAGAUCACCAAUUAUCUGUACGCGAGGAGUCUGGAGAUCGAGCCGAGGCAGCCGGUCAAACAGAUGGCCAAAUUUCCUCGGAGGUAUCCCGAACUGUCUCUGAAGCAAGUGAAGGUGUCACGGCGAGCUCACCACGACGUGGCCAAUAACAGCACCAGCAGCGGUGGUGGGGAUGAUACGCUCAGCGUGUCGCAGCUGUCGCCGACCAGCGGCAGCUCGUGGGACGGCGCGUCCGUGUCGUCGCUGCAGCUCGACGACCGGAAACAAGAUGGCGUCGCCAGCCCGCGGCCGGAGCGCGAGCGGCCCGGCGGCUUCGCGCAGCUCAGCCUCAUCGACAAGGGCCGGCAGCUGUUCGACAAGGGGAAGACUCCCAGCAGAUGUAAUCGAGACGAGCCGCCGUCGCCCCGAGACAGACAUUCUCCGCGACACGACAGGCAACCAUCUUUAGGCAGCGUGCCCGAGCGAAAACCUCAGGCGUUAUCGCCACGGGGUGCCAUAGUGGACGCCGAAUUGUUCUACUCAAGGAGUGCUGAACAUUUGGCCGGGAGACGGGUUGACCAGGAGCGCGUGCCGCCGCUGCUCCCGCGCAGCAGCGUGUCGGCGCCCGCCGUGCCGCCGCGCCCGCAGCCGCCGCUCGCGGCAAGCGAAACCCCACCACCCUCACCCCCUGAGCGGCCGAUGCCGAGCCCCAAGCACGACUUGCAACGUGUCGCGGCGAUGUCCCCCGGACCGGCUACGGCAAGUCCUGUGCCAGCUGACAGGAGCCCUGCGUUCAGUUUCCCCGCGCGGGGAGCCCCGACGCCUUCGCCCCCCGCGCCCCCGCUCACUCCUCAUCCGGGCGCGUGGUGCGGCACCCCGCCGCCGCUGCCGCCGCGCCGCCGCCGCGACUCCGCCGCGCCCGCCACGCCCGGCCCGCAGCCGCCGUGUGCGGCGCCGGCGGCGGGCGCCGCGGGCCGCGCGCCGCCGCCGCUGCCGCCGCGGCCGCCGCCCGCGCCCGAGCUGCUGCGGCCCAGCAGCUCCACCAUACUGCAGCGGAGGCACCAUUCCAUGUCGGCGGUCAGUUCCACCCCGAGCGCCAACGCCGCGGAGGCCCCCCGGCUGCCUCCGAAGCCGGCCAGCUGCUGCGUCACGUGCGGCGCUAGACCUUAGACUUUAAGAUGCAGCGACUCCCAACUCUCAGUCCUGUGCAGUGCCAAUAAAUAGUUCCGCUUAGUUGUACGAAACACCGACGGCGAUACGACAUUUCUUUAUAUAUAUAUUUAAAAAAAUAAAUAAUAGAUACAGAUAAAAAGUGUACAAAAUAACAUGAAGAACCGAACUGUCUUAUAUCAGAGUGUUUGCGCCCGUGUCGAUUAAAAAUUUGACGAAUACAAUAUGUAUUUAUUUUAUUCUGAAAGUUGAUUUCUUAAAAAAUAUAUAGUUAUGAUAUAAAGGAACUCUGAAUAAUCUGGCGUGGCAUAAGUCUCUGAAUACCCUCAAUAGGAACGAGACGUGAUGAAAAAUCAAUCUUGUAAUAUUGAAAUAAAUUAUGUAUUCUAUUGAGAAAUGUGUUUUGUAAAUAUAAAUACGAUUUAUUUUUAAUUAUGAAAUUGUAAUUUUUAACAUGAAAAUUGUAACGGAAACAAAUACUCUGAUAAAGAUAUGGAAAAUGAAUAAAUUAUUAAAAAAUAUAUAUUUUUAAAGUUUUAAAUAAUGCCGUGUCGCCUACGGACAGAAAUUAAUAUUAAAUGGAUGACUUUAUUAAUAAAAAAAAAGAGACAAAUAGUAAACUAUCUCGUUCUCGCAUUAGAAUUGUUUAUUUGAUUGAUUGAUUGAUAGAAAUUGCGCAUUUAACUACGUAUGUUUCCAUGUUUACGAUUUAAAAUGAAAUUUAUACCGCAGGUCGUUAUGUAAUUGAAUGUUAUUUUUAUCAAACGAAUACAUAUUUGGUAUCGAAGUUGAUAAUUUUUGCAACUUUAUUUUUAAAAAUUAAAGUCAAAUGUAUAUAGUUAUUUGUAAAAAGUCAAUAAUUAUGUGGUCGUAUUAAUAAAGUUUAAAUUUUACUAUUUGGAUUUUUUUUUCUCCGCCGAAAUUAACUUUUUUUAUGUAGUAAUUUUUAAACCUUACUAUAUUUAAAUUUUCAAAAUAAUAUAACUCAUAUUAUUGAAAAUAAUUUAAGUUAAUUUUAAAAUUAUCAAUGUAAUUAAAAAAUAUGAAUUAUAUAUUUUUAUUUUGUCAUGAGGUCGUUUCGGAGUUUCAUUUGAAAGUUCAAUUUUUUUUCAAAAAUUCAUACUUCGAUGUCGAAUAUAGUAUCGGUUAUAGUAGAAAAACAGUAAAUUGUAUUCAUGUGUUAUGUGUGUGUGUAUGUAUGUAUGUGCGUGGACACAACAAUGCAUUUAUGUAAAUAGGGCGCAUGAGUGACGCAAAAAACAAAAUAUACGUAGAACGAAUGUAUAAAAUUAUUUUGCACACACAUUACAAAAAAAUAUUUUGCUACGAUUUCAUGAGAUUUAUUUUUUUCGGCAUAAUUAUUAAUUAUGUAUCAUCUAUGCAACAUAUUAUGCGACACGAUUAUUAUGCCAAAAAAAUAUUAACCAUCUUUAGACGUUUUUAACACACACAAAGUGUCGACCGUCACUAAAUAGAAAAUGAAAAAAAAAAAACAAUACAAAAGUUUUAAUUUUAAAUAUCUGUCUUAUAUACGCAUGACCGCGUAGCAAUGCGCGCGCGACGCCGUUUAUAACAAGCGAAAAACUAUCGCUGUCUCUUUUCACUUCAUAUGCAAAAGCGCAACAGUGAUAGUUUUUUACGCCGAGGGGAAUUGGAAGAUUAAAGCCAUAUUAAAGUCCGUAUUGAAUCAAUUGAGUUUGAUAGAAAUGUUUUUUUUUUCUAAAUUAUUUUUUUUUUUAAUUUAUCAUUCUUACUUCUAACAUAUCGGGGUACAUUUUCGUUGUGUUUUGUACAGGAAACAUAGUGAUAUUAUUAUUUCGUGUAUCAUAUUGUAUUGUCAAAAUUGUGUAUGUUGUUUUGUAAGCAAGGUCUGCUGUUAGUGGUCAUGUCGUUCUGACUUUCGAUUUGUAAUUAGGGUUGAACACAGGGUCGGAUUUGGAGAAGGUAAAAAAAUAAUUAGAAUAAUUGUUUAAUUUAAAUUCUGACACAUUUCUUUUUAAGUUUAAAUAUAUUUCAGACUAUUUAUGUACAUACAGCUAUACGUGGCCUAUCAGUCUUUUCAAGACUGAUGGCCCUGUCCACCCCGCAAGGGAUUAAGACCUGAUCAUAUGUAUGUUUUAAUUUCUACUUUGUCUCAUACAUUUAAAUCUGGCCCUGGUAAAAGGGACUGUUGUGUCAUAAAUUUGACUUUUAAAUUUAUUAUACCCGUUUAUGAUCACCGAAAAAAAAACUGUCCGCGUCUGAGUAAGAACGAAACAUACACAAUAAAACUUGUCCCUUUCGCACAAAAUGUAAAAAGAAAGAGACGGAUAUACGUUUGAAGCUGUUCGUAUCACUGUGUAGUGAAAAUGUUACAUUGUAUGUAUAGUUUAUUAAUUGAAAUGGUGAUUUGAAUGACGAGGGGUUACUGCGGCCUAUAUGUACUGCGCUGAUUUACAAUAAGGUUGAUAUCGGGCUAUAAGAUAUUUAAUGCGUAGAGAUUAAAUUACAAUGUUUUAAUAUAAAUAAGUUUGUCCGGUGGUUAAGUAGUAUUGUUGUUGUCUUUUGUACAUAAGGUCCCAGGUUUGAACCUUAUGGAGCCUCUAGGUAUUGUCGAUGCUUUCGGGAACCAUUUUGAAACCGACGAAAAUAAAAUGAAGGACAUCUCAUGAUUUAAUUUGCAGUGUUAUGUAUCGAGGUUUCUUUGAGAAGUUGGCGUUGAACUUUGAUGAAUAAUGUAUGAAUUUUUAAUUAUUUUUUCAAGAUCUGUUCACGCCUUUAGAACACAUCUUUAUUAAUAAAUACUAUAGCUGUAUGUGAUAUAAGAUAUAGUUCUACAAAUCUUAUAGCCCAAGUCGCCGUGUUUUACCACUAUCUAUAUACGAUGGACAUUCAUUCGUGAUGGUGAAGCGAGAAUGGACCAAUCAAAUCGCAUCGCUUGUAUCCGAACGCCUGAUUGGUCGAUUCGAAUGUAGUAACAUGUAUUGUUGUCUCUUAUCAUCGCGCGGUCAACGCUUGGCCGUUUUAGUGAUGCGUUUGCGCAUCCGGCAGGUUGGUCGAUUGUUAAUUGUAUUAGUUGAAAAUAUUCUUUAUUUUUUAACUUGAUUUUUGAAUAUCAAUUGAUAUUUUUAAUUAAAAACGAUUGAUAGAAAUAUUUAAACUGAAUAUUUGAGGUGGCUCAAAUUGUUAUGAUGUGUUAAAAUAUAUCUCUUCGCUAUAUAAAUACGAUUCAAAAUCAAAGUUUAUUUUUGAUUUGGCAGAAAAAAACAUUUGACUAUCGAAAAAUCUGCAAGUGACGCUUAGGGUCGGAACACACCUGUCGCAAUCGGACGAUGAAAUUUGGCAAGUUUCUUUAUGACUUGCGCCAAUCGCGACUAACGCCUAUAUUAAAAACGUAAAAUAUCAAAAAGGUUAAUUUUUUUUCUAAAUAAAUAUAUAAAUGCUUGUAAAUUUAAAACAAGUCACAUCAGUUAAGAUGUAAAAUUGUAUAAGCAAUCAUUUUGCCAAUACUUAUAAUAUUACAGUGUGAAAGUCAUACCUACACGAGACAAAAGCGUAGACGCUAUGUAGGCACAAAUUUAGUGAUAAUUUUUUUUAUCAUAGUUUACAAUUUUAAGGGUUUUUUUUUAAUAAAAUGAGUAACCAACAUGCAACGCGACAAUGAAUAUUUAACCGCGUUGCGUCCGGUGUGUCCCGGCCCUUAUGUUAGACGCGACUAGUUGUAAGACCAGACCACCUGUACUAUAUAAUGUAAAUAUGUAAUGUAAGAUAAUAUAGACAUUCAUAUAUAUACAGUU